GUUAUACUAUUUUUAGUUUUUGUGUUUAGUUUUAUUUUCAUUUUUUUAUUAAUAUAUAUUUUCGAUAAAAUCGAUUAAAGCGAUAACUAUAAUAUCGAUAGCCAUGUUCAACUCAAACAUACCGGCUGCCUCGCUGCUCAGCAUCGAUAGCAAUGGCUUCGGUCUGGGCGGCCAUACGCCCAAGACCCCCGAAAUCGUCAACUCCCUGAUCGCGAUGACGAAUCCCCUGGACAGCUUCAACUAUGGAGCCGGUGUAGCGGUUGCCGUUUCAGCGGCCGUGGCAUCCGUGUCCGCCGUCUCGGUGGCAUCCUCGGCCUCCUGCAGUGCCGCCUCCACACCAGGGGUUACGGUACGCAACUUCAACGGCCAUCCCAAUGGACAGUCGCACUCGCAGGACAGCAGUCAUUCCAGUUGCUCCGGAUCGCCGCUCGACUCACCAGCGGGCACGGCCACCACUCCCAGUGUGCAACAGACCUGCUCGCAACUGAUCAAGGAGGGCUUGAAACUUUCCAUCCAAAGCAAACGCAAGCUAUCCACCUGCGACUCCAGCUCCGGCUCGGAGCAGCCACACUCCAAAUACUCCAGGAGGAGCAGCAGCAACAACAACAACAUGAGCAGCAGCAACAACUACAGCGGCAACAUGAGCAACAACAACGACGAUGAUUGCGAGGAGUCGAGCGACGAGGACAGUGAAACGAAGUCCCAGCCCAAGGGUUUGACGCCGGAGGACGAGGAUCGGAGGAGGAGGCGCCGCGAAAGGAACAAAAUUGCGGCCACCAAGUGCCGGAUGAAGAAGCGAGAGCGCACCCAGAAUCUGAUCAGGGAAUCCGAGGUCCUGGACACUCAGAAUGUCGACCUGAAGAGUCAGGUGCGUUUGCUGGAAACGGAACGGAGGAAACUGAUGGGCAUGUUGCAAUCGCAUGGGUGUCUCCGGUCGGGGGGUUGCAUUCUACCCAGCCACCUGCUGCAGUCCCCGGCCCAUAAGUACCUGCCCGAACUGGAGCUGGAACUGGGUAACGGCGAUCAGGUGAACGGCAGCAAUAGCAACAGUCAGCAGCAGCAGCAGCAACAACAGCAGCGGGUGCAGAGUAUACCCUCGAUGGCGACAUUUAAGUUUGGUUCCAAAACGGCAGCCGCCAUGGCCCAACAAUUGCCGAAUGGAUAUUGCAAGCCCUCACCGAGUGCCCAGGAGUUCGAGCAUGCCGGCUACCAGCAACAGCAACAGUCCACCAGCAGCAACAGCAAUACCAGCAGCAACAGCAGCACCAACAGUCUACUGGAUCAUCAGCAAUCGAAUCCCAGUCCGGGUCUAAUCUCUGACUAUGUACCGAAUUGUGAUGGCCUGAACAACAACAGCAACAACACCACCAAUAAUAGCACCAGCAACAGCAGUAAUCCCAACUCUGCCAGCAACAACACCAGCCAAGCCAGCCAGCAACACCAGCAACAGCAGGUGCAGCAGCAACACCAGCAGCAACAAACCAACAACACCAGCAACAAUAGCAGCGCCAUUGAGUUUGUGAAGAACGAGCUGGUGGACUCGCAGAGCCCCUACACCACCGCCCUGAGUGCCGAGAGGUUCCUGUUCGAGCCGAGUGACGGUUUCCCGGACAUUAAGCACGCUGUCAGUGUCCUGCCCUCACCAUGCGGCAUCAAUGGCCUCAACAUGGCCUCCGUGGUGCAUAACAGCACCAAUGGCAACAACAAUAUUGCCGGCAAUAACAAUAACAACAACAAUCACAUGGUCGACUUCCAUCAGGGCCUGCAACACAGCAACAUCGGUGUCGGAGUGGGAGUGGGAGUGGGUGUAGGUGUGAUGACACCGUGCUACGAUGACGAGCAGGUGCUGUUGCUGAAGAACAGUUGCUACAACAACGAUCUGCUGUCCCAGAUGCUGGAAGAUAGCGAAUAUGUGGACUUGGACUCGGCCACCGCUUUCAUGACGAACGGCGGUUGUUUGGCGUGAGGAAGGGUGCCGGAGGAUAGGGAGCACGAACGAGAGCGAGACUUAUCUGGCGACCGUGACAUACUGCUCCCAACCUUCAAUCAGCAGCAGUCCGCACCCACCCUUCCGAAUUCCAAUUCCCAUACAAGCACUAUACCAUCACAUAACACCACCACCACCACCGAUUCCCAGGUGGAACUCGAACUGGAGAUGGAGUUGCAGCUUGGCGAGGAGCAGGAUCCGGCCUGGACCCAUGUAGACUAUUGGUGUUAGGCCCAGCACACUCUACUAAUCACCAUCCUAACCGCCAUUCAUCGACUCGGUCUAGAUCAGAGGGAGAGUAGAAAUUAGAGAAAGAAACUAAAGAAGUCGCAGCUUGCUGGUCCUUGUCCACCCCCGCCCCAUUCUAAGAGCCAAACUUAUCCCAGAUAAAAAUAAUCCUGCUAUAUCCCAAUCCAAGUUCUUCCAACAGCAGAGUUCCCUACCACCCCCCACCCCCAAAACAUGACCACUCGAAUAUUAUCCAGAAAAACCCUGAUCCCCAUGAUCCAAUCCCCCCCAGGACCGCCUGGAGCGGCAUCCAGCCUGUGGCUUGACUACCUCAUGAAAGCAAAAGCAGAAACAAUUAACAAAUAACUAUCAUUAAAUGGUUUUUUUUUUAUUAUUAUUAUUAUUAUUAUUAUUAUAAUAUUGUGUAACAUUUAAAGUUUUGUAAAAAAAAAAAAGGAAACAGAUAGCACAGAAGCACACUCACACGCAGAGAUAAGCACUUGCACAAUUGUACAUAACCCAACUUUUUGAUACGAUACCUAGAUAUAUCGAUAACAUUCCAUUGCAAGCUUGUGCGAAAGAGCUAGAGAGAUAGAAAAAGAGAGAGAGAGAGAGUGCAGUUAUCAACUGCUAGCAGUCACAUCCGCAUCAGUAAUUAUUAAUUUUAAUUUGUUCGAUUCUUUUCGUAUGCGUAUUUUUGUUUUUGCUCUUUUGCUCCCAACGAAGCCUUAAAUUACGAUAACGAUAAACGAUGACUAUAUGCUUAUUAUGUGUUAAAAAAAAAUAAAAUCGCGAGAGAUUAGUAGGAGAAGAGAGAGAGAGAAAUUCAAGUUGAGAAUUCGAAGCAGGAAGCCGGAUAUAUGAUGACGUUUGAUAUUUUUUUGUAAUCCUAGGCUUAGUCAGUGAUAAACCCUAUAUAUACUAUAUAUGAACCGUAUCUUUAAACAACAAAAAAAACAAAUACAUGUAUGAAUUUUUGUUUUUUUUUUUCGUGUCCAUUAUUUUGUAAGCUUAUUUUGUAAGUUUAAAAAGAUGAUCGAUAAAAAAAAAUUGUGUAAGAUGUUGCCUUAAUCAAAAAUGAAAAACGACAAAAAAAAAUUACAAAAAAACUUUAAAAUUGACAACUAAAACUAGAUUACUAAUCUACACUUUGUUAAUUCUUUUGGUAAACUAAUCUACAACACAAAACAACAAAAAAAUACAAAAAACAACGACAAGAAAUAAUUAAAUAUUAUUACUAUAUACACCAGAGAUAUAUAUAUAUAGUGUAUGUAUUGGUGGAAUCGAAGACCUUAAAGUGCUACUAAAAAAAAACGCAAAAAAAAAAAACAUUGUAACUUUGCAACUCCUUUCAACUUGCGCCUUAUUACAGUUUAACGAAGAACAACUUUUGUAAUUUAUAUAUAUUAUAUAUUAUACAUAUGGUAGGAGAAGUCGUGGAUUAUAUAUACAACAAUCGUGUACUAAAAACAAAAAAAGUCUUUAUAUUUGUGUGUGUGUCUAUUGCUUGAUCAGCGAGUUGAAGCAGAGUUCAUUUAUAUAUAUAUA